AUCAGAGAGCUGGGACUGAGAGCGCCUUGUUCCCUGUAAAUGAAUGGCAUUCGAGGGCUCAUGUGUGAGACGUGGAGGAGGAAGCAGCAGAAACAAGCAGUAUUGUGGUAACUGGGUAAUUGCAUGACUAAGGGUUUUCCUGUGACUGUCCAAGCUUUGGGGUCACGAGCAGAGGCGUGCCGUAUCAAUAUAUAUAAAAAAGAAAAAACUAAAAACAUGCUGCCGAGUUUGUGAAAAAGGAUCAGGAGGUAAUAUUCCAGUAAGGCUGUGGUGUAGUUUAAGUAAGACCCAUUCUUUUACUUUAUUGGUUUGGUUUGCGUUUCUUCAAAAGGAGCAGGAAGAAUAAACCUUCACGGAAUCCAAGUUGAUUGGCGAUCAUUUGAAAUUCAGAUCAGGCCUCCCUCGUGUCUUAGAAACUAGUUUUAAAUGGGAGUUUGUCUUCGUUCAGUGACUUUGUUACCAGAGUAGUGCGCUCGCUACCAGUGUCCUCUUGGAUUGGGAUUUCCUAUUCUCAUACACAUCCCAGUGCUAUAGGAAAGGGCUGCUGGUAGGCAACGAUUCUGGAAAUGCACCAGCAAGCCUAAAAGACUGUCUGAAGCAGAAGAGAGUGGGAAUACUUCAGAAAAUACUACAGAACAUCUGAAGAGGUACUCUGUUUGCAGUUUAUUACUUGGGAGCAACACAUUUAAUGCCUUAACAGUUGUGAUCCUCCCCGAUUGAGAUGUAGAGUUCAACACAUUCAAGACAUUGAGAUCAAGUCCAGCGUUUUUAGAUAAAGAGUGAUCUUGCCAGUGAAGAGGACUCCGCACCCCGCCCCGUCUCCUGCACCAUGGCCUCCCGCAUCGGCCUGCGUCUGCAGCUCAUGCGCGACCAGCUGCAGCAGGAGGAGCAGCGUGAGAGGGAGCAGCAGCAGCAGGCAGCCAUGCAUUACAUGCAGCAGCGCAUGCCUGUCCCACAGACCCCUGCCAUUAACACUCCUGUCCACUUCCAGUCCCCCAUGCAAGUCCCAGUCGAGGUGCUCAAGGUGCAGACUCACCUGGAGAACCCCACCAAGUACCACAUCCAGCAGUCGCAGAGGCAGCAGGUGAAGCAGUACCUGUCCACCACCUUCGCCAACAAGCAGACACUGCAGGCCGUGAGCGGGGUCCAGCCCUCACCUCCGCCCCCCGUCCCUUCCCCCCACAUGAGACCGGACCUCCUAGUCAACACCUCCACUGGGAACAGCACUCCCAACAGCCCCAUGGCCCUGCUCAACAUCAGCUCCAACCCUGAGAGAGAGAUGGAUGAUGUAAUCGAUGACAUCAUUAGUCUGGAGUCCAGCUAUAAUGACGAUAUACUGGCUUACAUUGACCCUGUGCAGAUGCCAAACACACUGCCCCUCUCCAGCAGUCAUUUAGAUGUGUACACUGGCCCUGGGAUGGCCGGCCCCACCAUUGGCAUGACCAGCAACUCCUGCCCAGCGAACAUCGCCAUCAAAAGGGAAAUGUCAGAUGCAGAAGCCCGUGCUUUGGCCAAGGAGAGACAGAAGAAAGAUAAUCACAACCAGAUUGAAAGAAGACGGAGAUUUAACAUCAAUGAUCGCAUCAAGGAGUUAGGAACCAUGAUCCCAAAGACUAAUGAUCUGGAUGUGCGCUGGAACAAGGGGACGAUCCUCAAGGCAUCUGUGGAUUACAUCAAGAGGAUGCAGAAAGACAUGCACAGAUCCAGGGAGGUAGAAACCAACUUAAAGAGAAUGGAGAUGACAAACAAGCAGCUGUGGGUUCGGAUUCAGGAGCUGGAAAUGCAAGCCCGAGUCCACGGCCUCGCCUCCAGCUCCCCCUCGGGACUGGGCGGGGUGGAGAUGCUGGGGCCACUUAUUAAGCAGGAGUCCGGCUUGGAGGACAAGGCAUCGCUGGAGGCGCUUCAGCAGCAGCACCAGCACCACCAGCAGCAGCAGCAGCUCUCCCAUCACGAGCAGCAGUACCCUCAGCACCUCGACUUCACACAGACACUGGAGCUCUGUGACAGCGCAGCCGGCUUCCAGGACCCGCUCUCCCACUUCACCGACCUCACCUUCACCUCCCCUCACAAAAACGACUAUAUGCUCAUGGAGGACGCGCUGUCCCCCCUCGGAGGGGACCCCCUCCUCUCUGCCAUGUCCCCCGACCCCUCGGUUGUCAGCAGCCGCCGUAGCAGUUUCAGCAUGGAAGAUUCUGAUGUCCAGUGACCCCCCACCACCCCUCCUCCACCCCCCUUCCCACCGCAAGUGUGUGUGUGUGUGCGUGCACUGAAGGGAAAUUACCAUUGACCGCUUUCAUUUGACACUGACAUAUUUUUAAAAAAAGGUAUGCUUUCUUACACUAGACUGUUUGUUUUAAAAGGUGAACAUUUAAAAGGUUCCAUGUCCAAAUUGUACAGGAUAUAAACUUGAUUUCAAAUCAUGAAUGUGGAAACAAGGCAAUAGUCAUUUUUGAGAAUAAAUUAAUUUCUUUGUUGUUUUUACUUUCUGUAGAGGUAAGUAGAGAUUACAAUAAAUAGUUUGGGUAGCUGAAGUCAGAAUAAUGGAUAUUAGUAAGUAACAUGUACCUUGCGGUCAGUGUAUAUAUAU